AACUACUAAAUCAGUUACAUUGAAGCGCUCAAUCGAGUCCGCCAGCAGCAUACCUCUUGGACAAAAAGAAGCUAGUCUUCGCGAAAUCAGCUAUGCGCAGCUCUGUCCUGUGUUAAGAUAUCAUUGCUUUCCAUGUUUUACCCAACGUCUCAUCUUGCCCUGCAGUGAUCUUCAGCCCCGGCCAGUGGGCGCGUCGUCGCGAUGCCUUCAAGAAAACCCAGCAAGUUCGGCAACAAGUUUCGGUCCAGUGCAGCUUCUUUUAACCCCAAGCGAACAAAAACAAUCGAGUUCUCGUCCCUUCGGUCCACAGAAGCAACCUCUCAAGAUGAGAAAUUCGAGUCGAUCCGGCUGGCUAACAGCAUCGAUGAAUCCUUGGGGUUCCCGCGCUUUGAGUCCGGCGAAAAGCGAGUGGGAUGGCUUAUCAACAUGCACAGCACGUCCAUAGAAGAUCCGAAUGUCCCCGGAGGACGCGCCGGCGUGGAUUACUAUUUCCUCGAGGAUGGCGGCGGAAGUUUCAAGGCGACUGUCGAAUACGACCCAUACUUCUUAAUUGCCGUGAAAAAGGGCCGUGAGACCGAGGUCGAGGAAUGGUGCCGGAGGACGUUCGAAGGGCUUAUCAAGAAGGUGUCGCGGGUUGAGAAGGAAGAUCUCCAGCUGCCAAAUCAUUUGCUUGGGUAUAAACGCAACUUUCUUCAACUCAACUUUGCAAAUGUGAGCCAUCUAUUGGAAGUCCGCAAGACACUGCUUCCUCUCGCAGAAAAGAACAAGAAGAAUGUAAAUAUGAUGGAUACGUAUAUGGAGAUUUCCAGCGCAAAUGCUGGCUUUGACCUUUUUGAUGAUGAACUUGUUAACGAAUCACGAUCUAAUGGCACUAUGAACGCGAGCGAUUUCAUUCUCGACAUUCGAGAAUAUGAUGUUCCUUAUCAUGUUCGAGUCUCUAUUGACAAAGACAUCCGUAUAGGGAAAUGGUAUACAGUGGAGGCAAAACACGGUGUCAUCACUUUGAAAUGUAUAGAAGAGCGACUCACACGAGCCGACCCGGUCAUUCUAGCGUUCGAUAUUGAGACAACCAAGCUACCGCUGAAAUUUCCCGACUCCGUGAUUGAUCAAAUCAUGAUGAUAUCCUAUAUGAUCGAUGGACAAGGAUUCUUAAUCACCAACCGUGAGAUCGUAUCCGAAGACAUCAAUGAUUUCGAAUACACGCCAAAGGCAGAGUACCAUGGUCCAUUCAUGAUUUUCAACGAACCCGACGAACGAGCUGUCUUGGAGCGGUUUUUCGAACAUAUCAAGGAAGCGAAACCAACUGUCAUUGCGACAUACAACGGUGACUUUUUCGAUUGGCCUUUCGUGGAAGCCAGGGCGAGCGUUCUGGGAAUCGACAUGUAUAGAGAGAUCGGUUUCCGCAAGAAUAGCGAGGAUAUCUACCAGAGCGACCACUGCGUCCACAUGGACUGCUUCGCUUGGGUGAACCGUGAUAGUUAUCUGCCUCAGGGAAGUCGUGGCUUGAAAGCUGUGACUGUCGCAAAGCUUGGAUACGAUCCUGAUGAGCUUGAUCCGGAGCUGAUGACUCCGUAUGCGAGCGAGCGGCCCCAAACUUUGGCCGAAUACUCCGUCUCCGAUGCGGUCGCGACCUACUACCUGUAUAUGAAAUACGUUCACCCCUUCAUCUUCUCGCUUUGUACAAUUCUCCCUCUCAAUCCCGAUGACACGCUGAGAAAGGGAACCGGAACUCUAUGCGAGAUGCUUCUAAUGGUGCAAGCGUACCAAGGAAACAUCGUCCUGCCGAACAAACACAAAGACCCGCCCGAGUCCUUCUACGAGGGGCACCUGCUCGAAUCAGAAACUUACGUUGGAGGACACGUCGAAAGUAUUGAGGCAGGUGUAUUUCGAAGUGAUAUCCCCGUCACCUUCAACGUGGAACCUGCUGCCAUAGACGAGCUUCUUCGGGAUUUGGACGCGGCAUUGAAAUUCAGUAUCGAGGUGGAAGAGAAAAAGUCAUUGGAUGAUGUCACGAACUACGAGGAGGUCAAGAAGCAGAUUGCGGACAAGUUGAAGGACCUGAAAGAGAAGCCACAUCGGGAUGAUGUGCCUCUCAUUUACCACUUGGACGUUGCCUCCAUGUAUCCGAACAUCAUGAUCACCAAUCGACUACAACCAGACUCAAUGAUCCAGGAGUCUAAUUGUGCCGCUUGCGACUUCAACCGGCCUGGAAAGACAUGCGAUAGGCGACUACCAUGGGCAUGGCGAGGUGAAUUUCUUCCCGCCAAGCGCGACGAAUACAAUAUGAUUCGCCAGGCAGUUGCAAAUGAAAGGUUCCCUGGAAAGUACAAGAAUAGCCCAAUGAGAUCGUUCGGUGACAUGGGCAUUGAAGAACAAGCCGCCAUCAUCAAGAAGCGGCUCCAGGAUUACAGCAAGAAGAUCUACCACAAGAUUCACGACAGCAAGACCAUGGUCCGAGAGGCCAUCAUCUGUCAGCGAGAGAACCCAUUCUAUGUGGACACUGUCCGCAGCUUUCGAGACCGAAGAUACGAUUUUAAGGGGAAACAGAAGGUCUGGAAGGGUAAGAUCGAGUCUCUGAAAUCUUCGGGGGCGUCAGCCGCGGAGAUUGAAGAGGCGAAAAAGAUGAUUAUUCUCUACGACUCCUUGCAGCUUGCCCAUAAAGUCAUUUUGAACAGUUUCUACGGUUAUGUCAUGAGAAAAGGUUCUCGGUGGUAUUCGAUGGAGAUGGCUGGUGUGACUUGUCUGACAGGCGCUCGGAUCAUUCAGAUGGCAAGAGAGCUGGUUGAACGCAUCGGUCGCCCCCUGGAGCUCGACACUGAUGGUAUCUGGUGUAUGCUGCCAGGUACAUUCCCAGAAGAUUUCUCGUUCGCUUUGAAGAACGGCAAGAAGCUCGGUAUCUCAUACCCUUGUGUCAUGUUGAACCACCUCGUUCACGGAAGUUAUACGAACCACCAGUAUCAGACACUUGUCGACCCCGCCACAUUCAAGUACGAGACGCACAGUGACAAUUCGAUCUUUUUCGAAGUCGAUGGGCCCUACAGAGCGAUGAUCUUGCCAACCUCAAAGGAGGAAGACAAGAACCUGAAGAAACGUUAUGCAGUGUUUAACCAUGACGGCUCGCUGGCCGAACUGAAAGGUUUCGAGGUCAAACGUCGUGGAGAGUUGAAACUGAUCAAAAUUUUCCAAACACAAAUCUUCCGGUUCUUCCUGGAAGGUUCGACUCUCACGGAUACCUAUGCUGCAGUGGCCAAGGUAGCUGACCGGUGGCUGGAUGUACUUUACGAACACGGUGCAACUUUGGCCGACGAGGAACUGAUUGAGCUCAUUUCGGAGAACAGGAGUAUGACGAAGACCCUGGAAGAAUAUGGAAAUCAGAAAUCGACAUCGAUCACGACUGCACGGCGUUUAGCAGAAUUCCUGGGCGAGCAGAUGGUAAAAGACAAGGGCUUGAACUGCAAAUACAUUAUAUCUUCAAAGCCACGGAACACGCCUGUCACUGAGCGAGCCAUUCCAGUGGCGAUCUUCUCAGCCGAGGAAAGCGUAAAACGAUUCUUUUUGCGCAAGUGGCUGAAAGAUGACCCUGGGGAUAUGGAUCCGCGUACAGUGAUUGACUGGGAUUACUAUCUGGAGCGGUUGGGUUCCGUUGUGCAGAAGCUCAUCACCAUCCCAGCUGCGUUGCAAAAGAUUCGUAACCCGGUUCCCCGAGUUGCUCACCCGGACUGGCUGCAAAAGCGGAUCAACACCAAGGAUGACAGAUUCAAGCAGACCAAGAUGACAGAUAUGUUUACGAAGUCGGAGAAGAAUCCAUUGACAGAUAUCUCGACGAACAUUCUCGACCAUCGUGUUCAGCAUGCCGGCGAUUUGGAUGAAGUGAUAGCGAGCUCAACCCAGAAGCUGAAGUCAUCACCCGAUGGCAAGGUCUCGCAAAAGCGGAAACAUCCCGAGGGCCUGUCAAAAACGUCGCUCGAUCCUUUUGCCACCCUUCCCGCGAAGAUGCCAUCGCCGACAAGUGAUUAUGUUGGGUUCCUAAAGUACCAGAAGCAGAAAUGGAAGAUUCAGAAACAAGCCCGAAUUCGUCGCCGUCAGCUCUUUGGAGAAAGGGCCAACGCAGGCGGCGACUCGCUAAGCAAUCUCUUCAGGAAUCAGGCCGAGUUAUUGUACAUCAAAACUUGGCAGAUUCUGCAGCUUUCUGAGACGACAAGGCCUGGAAUCGUGCGUGCGUUCGUUCUGAUCGACCGAAAGAUCCACGCUCUCACAGUCAAGGUUCCCCGUCAGCUUUACGUGAAUCUCAAGCAGGACUCGCUUCCUGAUGUUGAUGUGCCAGAUUGCGAGGUUGAGAAGGUCAACCAUACGUUGCCCAACGGGCAUCCUUCAGUCCAUUUGUUCAAGUUGACAUUGUCCGAAGAAACAUACCUUCGCGAGGCGGAAAAGAUCGAUGUCCUUUUCCAACACCCUAGUGUUGAGGGCGUCUAUGAAAAGAACAUCCCUCUCAACGUCCGAGCAGUGCUCAGACUGGGUAGCAUAUGCACAUUCGAUGAGGAGCAACGAGGUGUCCUCGGAGAAGGGUUGGACCGCGGCUUUGACCUCUCAACUCUAUGCCGUACAACCACCGAGCAGCCAUAUCUCCUAGACUCCUCCAUGGCCUACCAUUAUCUCUACCAUGUCGCAUCUGGAGACAGGCAGAUCUUUGCCCUUUUCUCGAGUACAAAGAACGAGGCACAUGUUGUGAUCCUAAACCGCACGAGGGAUGUUCAGGGUCUCCCAAACCUCGACAAGAUCUACUCUGAACUUCUCGCGCGUAGGAUGCAGAACCUGGAAGGGGAUCAGCUGCAGGCUGCCUUUGAAUACCAGGAGAAGAUUCAUUUCAAGACCACACAAGUAACUACCAGGAGAAAAGCUCACCUGGAAGUUGGAGACUUGGUUAAGAAGUUCAAAUCCGAGGAGACCCAACCAGCCAUUAUGGUCAUCCAAUCGCAGCAAAGGAAGCGUCUAUGUCACGAUAUUCCGAUCUUGCGAGAAUACCCUAUUCUCCCAGUCAAACCCGAAGUGUCAGAUAUGGACCUCCCACCUUUGGGUUGGCAAUCUUUCGUUGCCAGGCGAUUGGUCACUCACUACCUGUAUCUCUCUGCUUGGGUUCAGCACUUGACCUUGCUCGCCAGAUAUGGUGAUGUUCCCCUUUGCAACUUGGAGAACGAUGACCCCCGCUUCCUCAUUGAUAUUUCGUACGCCAGACGGCUUCAACAGAACAACGUGGUCCUCUGGUGGUCCUCGAACCCUCGGCCCGACCAUGCAGGAUACGAGAAGGAUGAUAUCUCGGGACCUCUCGAAAAGGUUGCUAUGCCAUCGGUGAACGUCCCCAGCGCGUAUACCACGGUAUGCAUCGAGCUGGAAGUCCGCAAUCUGGCCAUCAACACCAUCCUGACCUCGUCCAUUAUCAACGAGAUGGAGGGUGCAGAUACUCUUCUGGCUUCUUCCGGACAAUCCGCAGACGCAAACGGAGGGGUCUUGUAUUCCGAAAAGGCGUUCGCUUCGGCCGGUGCCGUUGUGUUGCGUGAAAUGGUCAAGCAUUGGUGGACGGAGGCUUGCGAAGGAAACAGCAUGGCCGAUAUCAUGGUGCAGCAUCUGAUUCGAUGGGUCGAGAGCCCAGUCUCGUGUCUCUACGAUCGUUCCUUGCAUCACUAUGUACGGAUGCUGUCAAGGAAAUCCUUCCAGCGGCUAAUGGCCGAGUUCAGGCGUGUUGGGUCAAAUGUCAUCUUUGCCAGCUCCACGCGUCUGCUGCUUCAGACCUCCAAAACGGAAGUGGGCAAUGCCUAUGCCUACAGCCAGUACGUGCUCAAGUCCAUCCGAGCCAAUCCGUCGUUCCAUUUCAUCGACCUUGAGAUCAAGGAAUAUUGGGACUACCUCCUUUGGUACGAUGAGUACAACUACGGUGGCAAGGGUUGCCAAGAAGUCACCGAGUCGGAUGAACAGGAAUUGGAAACCGUCAUGCAUUGGCAGCUCAAUCGAUUUUUGCCCACGCCCAUGCAGACUAUUUUCCACGACUGGGUUGUGGAGUAUAUCGAACUGAUGCACGGUCUCAAGCGGCCGGAUACAAACGAUUCCUCUACACCUCGAAUGACGCAGAUUCCUAUUGGACGUCCUAAUGACGAGGACAGCGAGGAGGUCUCGGCUAUCCUCGCCGAGAAAUUCUCGAAACCGCUGAAGAAACAACUCACGGGUCUCAUCCGCCGGCAGCGUGACGAACUUUUACACCCAGAGCUCGCAUCCGAUUACGCCUUCCCCGUGCUCCCCGGUGUGCUGUCGGACCCCAAUGAAGAGAAGCGCAACCCUGUGUUAGAGCUGGUGAAAUUGCUUAUGCAGGUUCUCAGUCUGUCAAAGACCACUACGAUGGAAACGCGGUUGCUGCGUCGUGAAUUGCUAGCACUGUUCGAGGUGAGAGAAUUUAGCAAAGAAGGGCGCUUCGAAAACCCGGGCACCAGCCUGAAACUUCCGGAGCUCACCUGCGGCGCUUGCUGCUUGAUCCGGGACCUGGACUUGUGUCGAGACGAGGAUGUUCUCCCCGAACCCGGUGUGGACGCGGGCAAAGCCUCAACCAAGCCAUGGCGCUGUCCCUUCUGCCAGACCGAGUAUGACCGGUUGGCGCAGGAAGAGAUGCUGAUCGGUCAGGUGCAAGGGUACAUUGUCGGAUGGCAAACCCAGGACCUGAAGUGCUCGAAAUGCGGCAACCUCAAGAUCAGUGACUUUAUGGAGCAUUGCUCUUGUAGUGGAGUGUGGGUGGAAACGAUGGAUCGGAAGGAGAUUGAGAAGCGGCUGCACAUCCUGAACAGCGUGGCCAAAUUCCACGGACUCAAGUUGUUGGAGAGCGUUGUGGGGGAGGUUCUGGAGCAGAUGUAACCCUGUUUGACCUUGCAUUGCUUGUUGUUUGAGCGUUGUUGGAGGCUAUACCCGCGGGAACUAUACAUUUCUUCGGUUCGAGAUAUACAUCGUCGGGGACCACAUUGAUCGGCGUUGCGGAGGGAAUGAUUAUUGAUUGACCAUACGGAGCAGAUAGAUAGAUAACAUAUCACUGCUCGUCAUUAAUCCAAUACAUGGCAUGACGC